UGUUGACAGGUGCGCUCAACACAAAUAAAAACAUUUCGUAGAUAUGGAAAGAUAGAAAACAUGGCUUUUUCUAAAGUAUUAUAUUACCCAAAUAAAAGUGUCAAAAAUCUGUCAGUUAAAUUAAAACAAACUUCACGAAGCAUAUUUUUGAAAUUCCAAAAGUAUUAGAGAUUUUUUUCUUACGAAACCAAAAUAAUGAAUUUUGAACGAGCUUUGGCGCAUUCGGUGAUUCUUUUCCUUUGCUGGCUAACAGUUAUGAGCCAAAGCACAAUGGAAGAAGAUCAAAACAUUUCAGACAAGGUAAACCAAGAGAUGUUAAACAGCAGGCUAGCUAAAUAUGGCCCAGACAUGCGAUCAGUUUUGAGUGGUUUGAUUCGAUUUCAACACGCAAAACGACCUGAUGAAUCCUACAGAUUCCCCAUGUUGAGUAUCGCCAACAGAAGCAAAGGAUCCGCACCAACUGUUGAUGAUCCCUUGGCGGCCGCUUUGGCGACAGGAUUUCUCGGAUCGAGAGGAAAGAGGAAUGAUUACGAUGAAAUCCCAGUGUUUGCUAAUGGCUUCCCUGCUGGAAGAGGUUAAGCACAAAGAAAAGUCGAUUAAGAGAAACUGACUGUGAUGCCAUUUUAUUCAGACGUGAGGCCAGAUGUGCUUUAGUUUCAUGAAUAAAAUUUAUGAAAUUUGA